AGGCGGCCAGAGUCAACCGAAACCAGAAGAAAUUUUCCACCCAGGGCCAGAUCUCCUCGUGUAGAUGACUGGUGACGAGAAGGAGACGAGCUAGAGAAAAAUACAGCGAUGCGACCAGUCAUCCUCACCACCCCACGAUCGGUCUCGGUCGGCCUCUCAGGACAUUCUCACUCGUUCCAUUCGAGCUCAAGGGCGACAGAGUGGCUGAGGACUCGGCUGGUUGACCGGGGACUGAUUAGCUUGAAGGGCGAGAAAUCCAAGACUUUCCUCCAAGGACUGAUCACAAACAAUCUCAACAGGCUCAGUAGUCAAGAAGAGGCUCACCACAACACCGCGUUCUACACGGCCUUCCUCACUCCUCCCGGUCGGCUUCAGUUCGACGGAUUCGUGUACCCCGAGCCCCCAGAGAAUGAGGCACAGUGCUUGUUGAUCGACCAUCAUCUCCCUGAAGCCGAUCGACUGCUGGCCUGGCUGCGCAGGUUCGUGCUCAACAGUCGUGUCAAAAUCUCGAAGGACUCCAGGGAGCUCUGGGCAGUUUGGCCCAAUCACCCUCUCGACAACAUUCAGUCCCUUCUCCCCAACUCUUCACUCCUCGAACAGCCCUCAAAUCAUGCUUGGAAGGACCAUCGGGGAGAUCAGAGGCUGGGCUAUCGGAUCAUUGGAAAUCCGGAGUCAGUUCCGGAGCUCGAACCUCUAGCCCAGUUACCCGAAGCUCCCUUAUCAGCCUAUGCACUCCACGUCCUUUUACAUGCCUCGCUGCCCCCAUCUUUAUCGCCACCCUAUCCGGUCACACUACCCUUCGAAGCCAAUCUGGAUUACCAUCAUGGAGUUGAUUUCAGGAAGGGAUGUUAUGUUGGCCAGGAGCUUACAGCAAGGACGUACCAUACAGGGGUGAUCCGAAAACGAAUGGUGCCGGUAUCUAUUGAGAAAGACGGGCUUCCAGCGCUUGCUAGCGUUCCGGAUAGGCUCUCGAUCUCGGACACCCAGAUGGCCGAUCGCCCACUCACCGAGCGUCUCGAAGGCCACGAGUUACGCCUCGGCUCACAACCUCCAAACACAUCCACAAUCCCCGCCCAAAAGCAGAAAACGAUCGGAAAGCUCUGCGGGCCCUUUAUCUCAACAUCCCCUGUGAACCAUCACUCUAGCGACGGCCCUCGCUCUUUGCUCUACGGUCUGGCACUGCUCCGAAUCGACCAUGACGCGUUCAGCCCUUCGGUAGAACAUCCCUGGCCAACUAUUAGCCUCUCCACAGUCGAUCAGGAUCUCUCUCCUUGGACCAUUCAGCCUAUUAAACCUGUCUGGUGGCCCUCGUCCAAAUAAGUCCACCUGGCACCAUCCAUUCCCAUCAAACGCAAUUCCAAUCGAUCUCCUUCCUAGAUAUCACGUUUGAUGCAACUUUCAAGCUCGAGAAUGGUAUCAUUCCAAUCCUUGUCACCUUCGAUGAUCGUCUUGAGCUCCUCUGGACGUCUUCCUUCAUGGCACUCAACAAGGACUGUCGAUAUGGUUGAACAUCAUGAUCAUUGGUAUACGUAUAUUAUUGGAUCACUCAUCAGAUGAAUAUAACAUGAAAAUCGCCAAGGCCACUCCCUCGAUGAUCGAUAUCCACGAUCAAAUGAGAUCUUAAAUAAUGGAUUAUCAUGUGUCUGAUGACUGUUGUAAUGAUCACCUCUGAGCACAUUCAACAUGUGGAUGGAAGAGAAAUGAGGAGGUGUAUGUGGGUGUUGACUGAGUGGAGCUGGCGUAUAUGACUAUGUUAUUAUGCUUUUGAAAGAAACACAAAGGGGAAAAAAAUCAACUCCAACCUCCAACAAGUAUGAUGCAAUAGGACCUAUGUUUCCCAUUCUCUUUGGAUCCCAUCAGCCUAUGUGUGAUAAGGCAGCA